AUGCAAAUACCAUGUCAUGGGAGUUGGACCCCAGCCACAAUUAGAGGGGCGGUCGGGAACGUCCGAAGCGAGGACGGAGUUAACGCGGAAUCAAAUGCUGAAAACGCGGAUAUUUUCCGCCGCUACUUCGAAAUGGUUCACCAACCGGAUGGAGAGGGAAACCCGCCACCCCCCCUAGAACGGGAAAUGCCUGCAAUGGCCGAAGUCAUCAUCAUCGAAGAUGAGGUAAAGGCCCAACUGCAGGCGCUGAAGAACACCAAGGCAGCGGGACCCGAUGAUAUUCACCCGGUCAUCCUGGAACCGCUGACUGAGGUGCUUGCUUCACCACUAGCAAAGCUGUUUAACAGAUCCCUCCAAGAUGGGAGGCUGCCUGGAGACUAG